AGACCAAGCAUUAAUGCUUAGAAAUGCUGUCUCCUGUGUGCUUCUGUUGGCAUACAGCCAUAGCAAAGAUUGGCUUUUUUCCUCUUUUUUUUUCUUUUCACCUCGCAUAAGUGACUUUUCUAUGAGCACCCACGUAGGAUACUGAAUAGUUAACAGGAAAAGAGGAUUAACUCAAGUUUCAUUUCCACUGUCUUUAGCCUCCAUCUCUGGCAAUAACUGCCUUUGCUGCACUACAAAGCAAUCACUGUGCAGUGGCAGAUUUAUGCCACAUGGGAGAGUCCUUUGCACAUCACAUCCCUGCCACGCCGGGCACACAGGGAUUUUGUCACUGAGCUGUCCUUCUAACUGAUCAUUUUAAUCCUAUUCCGUUUUUAAUUAAUGCUUCAUAGUUACAGGCUCCCGUGGUUGGGUUGGUUUUUUUGGUGUUUUUUUUGUUUUGUUUUGUUUUCUUUUUGUUUUUUUUAAUUUCUAAAAGAGAGAACAUAAAGCUCUGUAGACUUUUUUUCACCUAUGAAGUUUUCAAAGCCACUCAGGACUAGGCACUGGUUUCUCUCCAUUUUUUUAUUGGCUCUGCUGUAAGUUUGACUUCAGGUAUGUGGCUACAACUUGUAUUAUUUGCACUGCCUUAUCAAACAAAUGUUGAUCUCUUCCCUCUUCCAUAUCAAACUUGCCUUUCCUUGUUACUUUGGUAUUUCCUUCCCUGCUCAUGGAGAGAAAAAAUGAUUGAAGUCUUUCUCUUUUUCUUAUCCUUCUUUUUCUUUUUUUUUUAUAAGUUGGGAUAAAAAACAAAAACAAAUUUUAAAUGCAAUAAUCUCAUACAAGAACGGCAGGAGGCAUUAAUUUGAUUAAUUUUUUGAAUAGAAUACCUCAUGUAAGUGAAGGGGAACAUGUGCAUCUCCACAGGCUCAAGCUUAAGUGUGCUUAAAAGCCAGGGGUAAAAAAAGAUUCUCCUUGAAAAUAGUUUAACUUCCACAAUAAAACAAUGAUUUAACUUUUCAGGCCUCCUAAGUGUAAACGUUAUGCAAAUUCUCUGCUCUCACGCCUAUGGCAUUGCUCCAGCAGCUCUGUUGAGUCUCUGUGCCUUGUCUUCAGCAGUGAACAGCCCCAACAGCUGCAACUGAUGUCCCCAGAAGAGAGAAAAUGAACCCAAAUCAUCCCCUGGAGCACGAGGUGGCAGCUGACAACUGCAGACGGCCGCGGCAGAGCUGCAUGCUGCAAUGGCAAACUGCUGCUGCGAAUGCCCCUCCUCUAUCACAAUCAAACACAGCACAUGCGUCACAAUUCGGUGUGGUGUAGGUGCAUGAUCUGUCUCAGAGCUGCUCUUAGGUGGUAAGAGUCAGCACAGCCUGUUACCAGCCGCCGCCGAAGGGCCACAGGCUGCAGAGCUGGGCAUCUGCUUUGGCUUUUCAGCACCUGCCUUAGCUUUGUCGGGCUUUGGGCACGGCUUCUGCACGGGCUAUGGGCUCAAAGGCCAAAGCAGGUGGGAAGGGACGGCUGGAGGGCUCGGGGCAGGACCAACCUCAUGGCCGGAGCAGGUUGCUCUGCUUGUGCUUGUCCAGCGGAGAUCAGAGAAGUACGGUGCUUAGAAACUGCUGCAGAUCCUGGACGGCUGUUUGCUUCCAGCCCACUUCACCCCGACGCACUGAAACCUUAACCCAUGAGUCAGAUGGUUUGUCAAACGUUUGAGCAACCUUAUCUCAGAUGUCCCCGCUGACGCGGGGCUUGGUCUGGGACUCUUUGUACCAGCAAACAAGCUUCUGCCAACGAGGAAAGCGCAAGGCGCUCGGAGCGGCUGGAGCCUCCCCGGCACCGCGAAGCCGACGCUGGGACGCGGCACGCUGCGCCAGCACGUUUCCCAUCUCUCCCUGUCCCUGAGGGGUGUGGGGGUGCCCCGUAAGCUCCAUCUGUCCUGACCUGCUGCAAGACACGUCCCUGUGGAUCCCCACCAUCCACCCAUGCGGCGCUUCCUCUGGGACAGCAUCUCCAUCCAGAUGCUUCUUGUCUUCCUCGUUGUUUUCCUGCUCGUCGCUCACUACAUGAAGCACAGAAAGCCUAAAAACUUCCCUCCCAGCCCCUUCGCCAUCCCCUUCGUGGGGCACAUCCACCUGAUGAACUUCAGCAAUCCCUAUAUCCUAGUGGAGAAGCUUAUUCAAAAAUAUGGGGAAGUCUUCAGCAUACAGAUGGGCGGCACAUGGUUUGUGUUCGUAAAUGGGCUGCGGAUGGUUAAGGAAGUUCUUGUAAACCAAGGGGAAAACUUCCUGGAUCGCCCUGACAUCCCUAUCGACAGCGAGGUCUUCAGCAGCAUAGGCCUGGUAUCCUCCAACGGGCACUUGUGGAAGCAGCAGAGGAGGUUCACCUUGUCCACCCUUCGAAACUUCGGCUUGGGGAAGAGGGGCCUGGAGGAGCGCAUCCAGGAGGAGUGCCAGUGCCUCGUGGAUGUGUUGGAGGACGAGCAGGGAAAUCCUUUCAACCCUCAGCUCAAAAUCAGUAACGCCGUUUCAAACAUCAUCUGCUCUGUCAUCUUCGGCAAUCGGUUUGACUACCAUGAUAAAGACUUCCAGAAAAUGCUGCAGCUGUUGAAUGAGACAGUUGGCCUCCACGGGACCAUCAUGGCCCAGCUCUACAACUCUUUCCCAUCUAUAAUGAAGUUCCUCCCUGGAUCCCAUCAAACCAUUUUUAAAAACUGGAAGUUGUUGAAAAGUUUCGUAAGAGAGAAGAUUGAGAAACACAAGGAAGACUGGAAGCCCACAGAGAGCCGGGACUUCAUCGACAGCUACCUGCAGGAGAUAGCCAAGGACAACGGUGGUGGCAGCUUCCAGGAGGAAAACCUUGUGGCGUGCAUGCUCGACCUGCUCUUUGCUGGGACCGAGACCUCUUCCACAACCAUCCGCUGGGGUCUGCUGUAUAUGGCCAUAUAUCCGGAAAUUCAAGCCCGUGUGCAAGCCGAGAUCGAUGCGGUCAUCGGGCAGGCGCGGCAGCCAGCCCUGGAGGACAGGAACAACAUGCCCUACACCAACGCCGUCAUCCAUGAAGUGCAGAGGAAAGGCAACAUCAUCCCCUUCAAUGUGCCAAGACAGACGGUGAAGGACACGGUCUUGGACGGCUUCCACAUACCAAAGGGAACAGUUAUGAUCACAAAUUUAACCUCUGUGAUGUUUGACAAGAAUGAGUGGGAAACCCCUGACGCUUUUAACCCUGAGCAUUUCCUGAAGGACGGUCAGUUCCGGAAAAGGGAGUCGUUUAUGCCAUUUUCUGUAGGGAAGCGUGCCUGUCUGGGAGAGGCGCUGGCCCGCUCCGAGCUCUUCCUCUUCUUCACGGCUCUGCUCCAGAAAUUCACCUUCCAGGCGCCCCCGGACACCACGCUCAGCCUCCAGUUCAAGCUGGGCAUGACCAUGGCCCCGCAGCCCUACAAGAUCUGCGCCGUGCGUCGGUAGGGAAGCCUUGGCCACCGGCCUUGCUGGGAAAAGCCUUUGGCAGUGAUGAUGAAAACGAGCCCUCGGCGGCUCCCCGGGGCCGUGGCACUGACCACCUGGCUCCAGGGAGAGGCUGGGCGGUUUGUUUGUUUCUUCUAAAGCAAUUGCAAAAUCAUUUAUUUUACAAGUUGUUGCAUUUAAGGUGCCGA